AUUCUGGUGCUGUUGGUUUUGGUCCUGGACUUUGUUCAGAUCAAAAUGGCCGCCUCAGUCUCUGGAGUCUUCUGCGUUGUCCUCCUCCUCCUCCCAGCAUGCACCUGGACCUCAGUCUUCCUGGAUCCGGGCCGUGCUCACUCGGUCCUGGGUGGGUCUAGACCCGGUUCAGGCCGGGUUCUGGUCCGGACUCGCAGGGCCAACGGGUUCCUGGAGGAGCUGAGGGUGGGGAACCUGGAGCGAGAGUGUGUGGAGGAGAAGUGCUCCUACGAAGAACUCAAAGAGAUCUUUCCUCAGAAGCAGCAGCGGGAAAAUUUUUGGGCCAAAUACCAAGCUGGGGACCCGUGUGACUCCGCCCCCUGUCAGAAUGGGGCCACGUGCACGCGCCUCGUCACCACCUUCACCUGUAAAUGUGCACCUGGUUUCCAUGGACACCUGUGUGAUAAAGCGCGGUCGCCGCCGUCCUUGUCGUCGAACUGCAGACACAGAAAUGGCGGCUGUGAGCACUUCUGCGCCGACGGUGCUGAGCGCGCUGAGAUGUGCUCCUGCGUAGACGGCUACAGGCGGGAACAGGACAACGCCAGCUGCACUCCUAUUGUGUCUUUCCCGUGUGGACGUCCUCAGGUUUUUUUUGCUCCCAGAGUCGUGAACGGACAAGUGUGUCCCAAAGGACACUGCCCCUGGCAGGGGCUCCUGACGGAGAACCACGUGUUCACGUGUGGAGCUGUCGUCCUGAGUCCUCGCUGGGUCCUGACGGCGGCGCACUGUGUCCUGCCCAAACCCAGAAGUGUGUUCCACAUCACCGUCGGGGAGCACGAUCGUUUUCUGCCAGAGAACACGGAGCAGAAGCGGCGUGUGGUCAAAGUGGUGGUUCACCCGAAUUAUAACCGGACUUCCUCGGACUCGGACUUGGCUCUACUCAAACUGCACGAAAACGUGAAGCUGGGCCAGUACGUGAUCCCGGCCUGCCUCCCUGGACCCAGAGUCCCGGCCCCUGAUUCGGUCUCUAGUCCGGUCCCAGGUCCGGUCUUGGGUCUGGCCCGGACUCUGGCUUCGGUCCGGGUUUCGACGGUGUCCGGGUGGGGGCGGGUGGUGCAGCACGGGCAGGCGGCCAAUGUACUGCAAAGAGUCAACGUUCCUCGGGUCCGGACUCUGGACUGUCGCGCUCACACGGGGCUGAACAUCUCCAGGAACAUGCUUUGCUUUGGACUUCGCUCCGGGGGCCAGGACUCGUGCGAGGGCGACUCGGGGGGGCCCCUGGUCACCCGCUUCAGGAAGACCUGGUUCCUGACCGGGAUCGUGUCCUGGGGCCGGGGCUGCGCCGCCAGGGGCCAGUACGGCGUCUACACCCGCGUCGCCAACUACCUGCCCUGGAUCUACAGCACCAUCGACAGAAACUAGAGCCAAAAUGUCCGCCGCACCAUGACAGAAACUAGAGCCAAAAUGUCCGCCGCACCAUGACAGAAACUAGAGCCAAAAUGUCCUGACCCUGACUGGAGCCGAACGCUGACCCUGACCCUGACUCUGACCCUGACCCUGACCGGAGCUGAACGCUGACCCUGACCCUGACCCUGAGUCUGACCCUGAGUCUGACCCUGACUCUGACCCUGACUCUGACCCUGACCGGAGCUGAACGCUGACCCUGACUCUGACCCUGAGUCUGACCCUGACUCUGACCCUGACCCUGACUCUGACCCUGACUCUGACCCUGACCGGAGCCGAACACUGACCCUGACCCUGACUCUGACACUGACCCUGACUCUGACCCUGACUCUGACCCUGACCCUGACUCUGACCCUGACUCUGACCCUGACCGGAGCCGAACACUGACCCUGACCCUGACCGGAGCCGAACACUGACACUGACCCUGACUCUGACCCUGACCGGAGCCGAACACUGACCCUGACCCUGACUCUGACACUGACCCUGACACUGACCCUGACUCUGACCCUGACUCUGACCCUGACUCUGACCCUGACCGGAGCCGAACACUGACCCUGACCCUGACUCUGACCCUGACCCUGACUGGAGCCGAACACUGACACUGACCCUGACUCUGACCCUGACUGGAGCUGAACACUGACCCUGACCCUGACUCUGACACUGACCCUGACUCUGACCCUGACUCUGACCCUGACCGGAGCCGAACACUGACACUGACACUGACCCUGACUCUGACCCUGACCGGAGCUGAACACUGACCCUGACUCUGACACUGACCCUGACUCUGACCCUGACUCUGACCCUGACCGGAGCCGAACACUGACACUGACCCUGACUCUGACCCUGACCGGAGCCGAACACUGACCCUGACCCUGACUCUGACCCUGACUGGAGCCGAACACUGACACUGACCCUGACUCUGACACUGACCCUGACCGGAGACCGAACACUGACCCUGACCCUGACCGGAGCCGAAACACUGACCCUGACCCUGACCGGAGCCGAACACUGACACUGACCCUGACUCUGACCCUGACCGGAGCUGAACACUGACUCUGACCCUGACUCUGACACUGACCCUGACUCAGACCCUGACUGGAGCUGAACACUGACCCUGACCCUCACUCUGACCCUGACCGGAGCCGAACACUGACACUGACCCUGACUCUGACCCUGACCGAAGCUGAACACUGACACUGACCCUGACUCUGACACUGACCCUGACUCUGACCCUGACUCUGACCCUGACUCUGACCCUGACCGGAGCCGAACACUGACACUGACCCUGACUCUGACCCUGACCCUGACCGGAGCCGAACACUGACACUGACCCUGACUCUGACCCUGACCGGAGCUGAACACUGACCCUGACCCUGACUCUGACACUGACCCUGACUCUGACCCUGACUCUGACCCUGACCGGAGCCGAACACUGACCCUGACCCUGACUCUGACCCUGACCGGAGCCGAACACUGACCCUGACCCUGACUCUGACCCUGACCGGAGCCGAACACUGACACUGACCCUGACCCUGAUCGGAGCUGAACACUGACCCUGACCCUGACUCUGACCCUGACCGGAGCCGAACACUGACACUGACACUGACCCUGACCCUGACCGGAGCUGAACACUGACCCUGACCCUGACUCUGACCCUGACCCUGACCGGAGCCGAACACUGACACUGACCCUGACUCUGACCCUGACCGGAGCUGAACACUGACCCUGACCCUGACUCUGACACUGACCCUGACUCUGACCCUGACUCUGACCCUGACCGGAGCCGAACACUGACACUGACCCUGACCCUGACUCUGACACUGACCCUGACUCUGACCCUGACUCUAACCGGAGCCGAACACUGACCCUGACCCUGACUCUGACCCUGACUGGAGCCGAACACUGACACUGACCCUGACCCUGACCGGAGCUGAACACUGACCCUGACCCUGACUCUGACCCUGACCGGAGCUGAACACUGACCCUGACUCUGACACUGACCCUGACACUGACCCUGACCGGAGCCGAGCGCUGUGGUGGCGUCACACUCACUCGGGGUCAGGGUUCUUUGUUGGGUGUGUGGAGCCGACAGGUGGACCUGCAGCGGGACAGGUGGACCUGCAGCGGGACAGGUGGACCUGCAGCGGGACAGGUGGACCUGCAGCGGACAUGUUGGCUCUGUUUCUCUCUGGACUCUUUAUGUUUCAUCUGCUUCAGCUCUGUUCAUGUUUUAUCGAUACAAUCUUAUUUUAAUUUAAAUCCGCUGAUGUCAUGUGACCGUGUGAUUCUGAUGUUAUUUCAAAUACAAGAGUUUAGUUUUACUCACAGGAACAAGAGAAAUAAAAUAAAUGUGACGUCUUUUAAACUGUAAAUCCUGAAUAAACAUCAUUAUUUUGUGUUUAAA